AUGCCUGCUAGACGUAAGCCCUUUUCUCACAAACAGAAAAAGGAGCAACUUAAGGAGAAACGACAAGCGAAUAUAGCAAAAGAGCAUGACGCUACUUCUAGGGAACAAAAGAAGCUCCCCUCAACAAAGGCAAAGCAGGACCCCUCACACUUCUUUCUCCGGUUCAUUAACGACUCUGAUGCAGUUGUUCAGAAGAACAAGGAAGCUGCUUAUGUUCCCUUCAAUACCACAGGCGACUCCUUUUCUCUGGAUCAGCACGUUUAUCUUCUUCCUUCCUGCUGUGCAGACAUACCAAGAAGACCCGAAGGCGUGUUAAAAAUGUCAAAGGAUGAGUUACUGCAAGCAGAAACCGCAGUGUUUGAGGCCUUUUUCAAGGGUAUUUCCCCUGAUUUGGAUGUUAUAGCCACGGAGUAUUGCGUAUUUGAGUGUAACGAAAACGUCUAUAGACAGGUCUGGCGUGUUACUGAACGCUCAAAUUUGAUGUGCAUCGUCGUCGAUGCUCGGUUCCCGCUUGCCCAUCUUCCUGUCAGCAUACUUCGCUAUGCUAAAAUCUGUGUUCGUCCAGUCAUCAUUGUCCUAAACAAAAUAGACCUAGCGGAAAAAGACAGCGUUGAUGCUUGGGUUGCAUUUCUGAACAAAUAUGUAGGGGCUGUUCUGGAAGAGGUUAACGGACAAAAGCAAUUUGCUAUCAUGACUUGCAACUCUAUGCUUCUGAAAGAAAACAAGGAAGAGCAUAAGCACUUCAUGGAGGCCUUUGUUUCCGCAUCUAGAGCUCUUUCGGGUAUCUCCACUCCAAAGAGGAUCACCAUUGGCUUCUUUGGCCAGCCAUCCGUUGGAAAGAGCAGCCUCAUCAACGGGAUUUAUGGGAAGAAAGUUGUGAGCGUAAAGCUUACCCCUGGUCAUACAAAGCAUCUCCAGACGCAUUAUUUGCCCCUCAGCGGUGUGGUGGAGGGAGAGACAGAUCGUUCAUUUGUGCUCUGUGAUUGCCCUGGACUUGUGUUUGCAGUUAAGGGGUCUCCUAGGCCUCUGCAGGUCAUAACUGGUGUCUUCCCGCUAGCGCGAACGAGGGAGUUUCUCACCCCUCUGCGACUGCUUGUUGAGUGUGUCCCGGGAUUCAAGGAGGACAUUGUUGAGCGACUAAACUUAGAUUCACUGUAUACACGGUACCCUGAACUGAAUCAGAAGAAGCCUGACUCUCCUGGAGAGAUUCUAGAGCUCUAUGCAUAUAUGUGGAGCUACUUUUCUAAAGGCUUAACCCCCAACAUAAACAGAGCAGGAAUGGAGCUAUUUAAAUUAAUUGUUAAUGGAUCCAUUGCAUACACGGUUUAUCCAUCACAGGACCUCGACAAAAAUCUCAAUAGUGUUUUGGAAAACUUACCAAGCAUCUGUCCAGCAAUAUAUGUAAAUGCUGAAGAAGCGCGCGACGAGAGCGAGAGCGAUACUGAAUAUGAGGAAGAUACUAGCGGUGUCGAGGAACUUUAA